AUGCCCGCCACCAGAUCCAGAACCAGGUCUGUCACCACUUCUGGCACUAUCACUGUCACUAUCGCUGUGUUGAGUGCACGCACCGGUCGACCGGUUGUUACCGAAGGCACAGAAGUGGCCGUCGAGGACAAGAAGGUCGACGACAUCUCGACCACCAAAGAGGAAGUGACGGACAUUAAGGAAACGGUGACUGAGGAGAAGGACAGCAACGAGUCGUCGGACAGCACUAGCAAUGAGUCGAACAAUGAGUCCAAAGCGGUGGACAACUCGGAGAACGGUGACAACGAUGAGGUCAAGUCAGACACCAAUGGGAGCGCAGGCGAGAAGCCGGAGAACGGGUCCGCGAACGGCAAGAGGAAGUCAGUGGGCGCUGAUGAGGGAGGCGACGCCCCCGACAGCACUGACAUCACCCCUAAGAAGGCCAAAGUGGACGCCCCGACCGAUGAUACUAACGGUGCGAACAAUGGCGCCGCCGGUGAACAGGAGGACAAACAGACUUCCGUCGAAACCACCGCUUAAUUCAAGUUUAAUUCAAUUUAAUUAAUUAUUUUCUCAUUUGUCAGACGUUUUUCUUAUAAGAAAUACUUGUAAUUAAUAUAGACUUUCGUUUAGUAC